UUUUUAUCCAGGAAUAUUUACAGAACCCAGGAGGCAAAAAUCUGCUCCCGUCUCUUCCGUUGCGGGCGAGCGAAGCAGAGCAGUUCUGCAGCAGCAAAGCAAUGGAGGUCAAACACCAAUGGCGGGUCCUCGAAUUCUACAGCGGAAUCGGCGGCAUGAGGUAUUCGCUGAUCAAGGCGGGCGUGAACGCGGAAGUAGCGGAAGCGUUCGACAUCAACGACGUGGCCAACGACGUUUACGAGCACAAUUUCGGUCACCGUCCUUACCAGGGCAAUAUUCAAAGCCUCACUGCUGCUGAUCUCGACAGAUAUGAAGCACAAGCAUGGCUUCUUUCUCCUCCUUGCCAACCCUAUACUCGACAAGGUCUGCAAAAGCAAUCUGGUGAUGCUCGAGCAUUUUCAUUUCUCAGGAUUCUUGAACUCAUACCACAAUUAUCCCGGCCUCCUAUAUUGUUAUUUGUUGAAAAUGUCGUUGGAUUUGAGACUUCCGAUACUCAUGCAAAAAUGAUUGAAACAUUGAAAAGUAGUGGUUUUGCUACUCAAGAAUUUAUUUUGAGUCCACUGCAGUUUGGGGUGCCAUAUUCUAGGCCUCGGUACUUUUGCUUGGUACUCAUCCUCUCUCUGCCUCUGCUAUAUUUCUUAGGUGUUACAAACAUUGUGUCCACUGACUUGCAGGCAAAGAGGAAUCCCUCAUCCUUCUCGAGCCCGUGCUUUAAUGAUAAGCUUAUAUGGUGUCCAAGCCCAUUAUUUGUGCACAAUGGUGAACUAGUUACUGAUGAGUGUUUGAGACCACAAGACAACUGGGAUAAGUUUCUGGAAUCUUGUGUCCCAGUGGAGCACUUUCUUGAAUUCAAGAGUACUGCUGGCCCUAAAACAGCUGAAUAUGGCUUUGAGAAUGCAAACAUUGUUUCUAGAGAACUUAAAGAUCCUCUCAAGGGUCACGAUGAAAGAAAUGGAUUCAAUAGUACUGAUUUGGACCUUUACCAUGUUCCAUUAAGUUUGAUAGAGAGAUGGGGCAGUGCUAUGGACAUUGUUUAUCCUGAUUCAAGGCGGUGCUGCUGUUUCACAAGUUAUUAUCGAUAUGUAAAGGGUACUGGGUCUCUUUUGGCAACUGUCCAGCCAGAAAUUAAAGGCAAAGAAUUCCCAUUAAAGGAGCAGUGCCUUAGAUAUUUUACCCCUCGGGAGGUUGCAAAUUUCCACUCUUUCCCGGAGCAUUUUGUUUUUCCAGAUCAUGUCAACCUUAAGCAAAGAUAUGCUCUCCUUGGAAACAGUUUGAGUGUUGCUGUUGUGGCACCUUUGCUUCACUAUCUGUUUACUGAACCAUCAUGACACCUAGAGGGUCAGUGCAAAGAUAUUGGGUGUUCAAACAUGACAUAUUAAUUGCAAGUUUUUGGCUUCUGAAUCUAUGAAGGCAAGCAGCUGAAAAAAGCCAUCGGAAGAUCUUACUUCCUAGCCAUCUUUCAUUCUGGCAGAGGUUCUGGAAUUUUUGAUGUCCCAUUUAGAGGAAAGAAGAACAUGCAACUUCCUCUGUAACCCCAAAAGAGUAGGAUAACACAAGUAUGGGCUGUUCAUUGGGAGCCAUUUAUGAGUAUAUGGCAUCAUUCUUGUCUUCAGAUUGUAAAAUGUCACGAGAAAAAAGAAUUUUAGAUGGAAUAUGGGAUCUUCUUUGCAGAGUGAAAAGUUUUGAGUCAUUUAAGAAGGGAGAAUUAUGGAGAAGUUUCCUGUCUCUUGAGUUCUGUUGGGGAAACCAUUUAAUGGUGCUCAGGUAAUUCCAGUCACAUGUAAACAUAGACUGGACGUGGAAAUUCUACUCACGUCCUCAUCAGGCGAAGCCAAAGAAGAAAUGGUGACUCGCUGUUACAUUAUUUUAAUAUGUACCUUUUCAUCACUUUCGAUGAAAGGCGGCAUAUGGAAAUAGACUUCUGUGCUGGUCUAAUUAGUCACCUAAACAUGCGGAUUGUCAAUUUCUUGAUGCUUCAAUUUGCUGAAGUUCUUUGUCUUCUUUUUAAUUGUCUGUCGGCACGGGCAGUUGGAGCACUCAAAUGUCGUUGAGAAGAUUUUGCUUGUCAGUCGAGACUCUAGAUACCUGUCAUGAGCUGUUUUGCCGACGCUCGCCCGUCACGCAGAAAACAAGGCGAUAUGCUAUUCACUACAUUACCUUUA